UGAACUUACUAGCAGAGAAAUCCAAAUAGAGAUAUAAACAAUGUUCUCACCGGUCCUGAGAAUCCUCUUUCCACUAUCACCGCCAUUCAUCACAAAUCCUCAGUCUGAUCAGCGAUCCCUUCUCAGACCGAGUCAACAUUCCACCGGAACCAAAUUUCGACGAAGUUCACAAGGUUCCACAAUGCCAGAUUUAUGCUACUACCCAUGCCUCUUGGGCAUUGCCUCGCCCACCAACAGUGCCCGUGAAUGGCUACAAAAGUGGCACGAUGAGCACGACGUCACCUUCGACCCAGACCUCAAGUUCGAGAUCGCCUGGGACGGACGUUGGAUCAACGACAGCAAUGCAGAAGAACUUGAGUCGGACUUGGUCAACCGGGGAUGCAAUUUAGCAAGUAGCAAGCGGAUUGCCAAGGAUCUGACGGCCAUGAAGGGCGCGCCGAAAAGGGCGCAUAUGGGCGAGGGAGAGAUAAUUCAGGAGAUCUCCUAUGUGGGUGAUGAACAGCAUACCCACUGCGUGGCUCAGUGGUGGUUCCGGGGUGUUUCGUGUGCUUUGGCAGUCACAGUGCUCGUAUUCCUCUUAAUUUUCAUGGAAUUGGAUCAGGCUGUCCAACAACUUCACGACUGCCGUAGGGAACUUUGA